UUUAUUAUUACUUCACAGUGAAGAACCGAAAGUCAUCAUGUCUGGCAUCAAGCGAACGAUCAAAGAAACCGACCCUGAUUAUGAGGAUGUAUCUGUGGCCCUUCCAAAUAAGCGGCGUAAAGCAAUCGAGAGUUCAGCUCGAGAUGCUGCUGUGCAGAAGAUUGAGACUAUUAUCAAAGAACAGUUUGCGCUUGAAAUGAAGAAUAAGGAACAUGAGAUUGAAGUUAUUGACCAGCGGCUGAUCGAAGCACGGAGGAUGAUGGACAAACUGCGGGCCUGCAUUGUAGCAAAUUACUAUGCGUCUGCAGGGCUUCUAAAAGUUUCCGAGGGAUCCAAGACAUGUGAUACAAUGGUUUUUAAUCAUCCUGCUAUCAAGAAAUUUUUAGAAUCACCAUCUAGGUCAUCAUCUCCUACCAAUCAGCGAUCAGAAACGCCAUCAGCUAAUCAUUCAGAAAGCGAUUCUUUAUCGCAACACAAUGACUUCUUAUCUGACAAAGAUAAUAGCAGCAACGUGGAUAUGGAGGAAAGACUCUCAAACAGCGUGGAGCAGAGGCCAAGCCGCAGUGCUGGAAGGGACUCUUCUAGUGUUACUGGCUCCCAUAAAACAGAACAGCAGAAUGCUGAUCUAACAGGAGAGGAGACUUCACGGCUUUUUGUGAAGAAAACAAUAGUAGUAGGCAAUGUGUCCAAGUAUAUCCCGCCAGAUAAGAGAGAAGAAAAUGACCAGUCAACCCAUAAGUGGAUGGUGUAUGUGCGAGGGUCCCGUAGAGAACCCAGCAUUAAUCAUUUUGUCAAAAAAGUGUGGUUCUUCCUUCAUCCCAGCUAUAAACCAAAUGACCUUGUCGAAGUUCGAGAGCCUCCUUUUCACCUGACCAGAAGAGGCUGGGGUGAGUUUCCUGUCAGAGUUCAAGUGCACUUUAAGGACAGCCAGAACAAGCGGAUAGACAUCAUACAUAAUCUGAAGCUGGAUAGGACGUACACUGGCUUGCAGACCCUUGGAGCAGAGACGGUAGUGGAUGUCGAACUCCAUCGGCACUCUCUCGGAGAAGACUCCGUUUACCCUCAGUCCUCUGAGUCAGACGUCUCUGACGCCCCUCCAUCUUUACCUUUGACCAUUCCAGCCCCAGUGAAGGCUUCUUCACCCAUAAAGCAGUCCCUCGAGCCAGUUCCUGACACCUCUGUGGAGAAAGGAUUCCCAGCCAGCACUGAAGCUGAGAGACACACUACAUUUUAUGCUUUGCCAUCUUCUUUGGAAAGAACACCCACUAAAGUGACAGCAUCCCAGAAAGUUACCUUCUGUUCUCAUGGCAAUUCAGCUUUCCAGCCAAUAGCAUCAAGCUGCAAAAUUGUACCACAAAGUCAGAUUCCUAAUCCUGAGUCACCUGGAAAAUCUUUCCAGCCCAUUACCAUGAGCUGCAAGAUUGUUUCAGGUUCCCCAAUAUCAACUCCAAGUCCGUCACCAUUGCCGCGAACCCCAACUUCCACUCCAGUCCAUGUGAAGCAGGGCACAGCCAGCUCCGUUAUAAAUAACCCUUACGUUAUUGUGGAUAAGCCGGGGCAGGUUAUUGGAGCCUCUGUUGCGAGUACAGGAAGUCCUACAAACAAGCUCUCCACGGCUUCUCAGGUCUCCCAAGGAGCAGGUUCCCCUGUUCCUAAAAUUCAUGGAAGUAGUUUUGUAACAUCUGCUGUCAAGCAGGAGGAUUCUUUGUUUGCAUCUAUGCCACCUCUUUGCCCAAUUGGGAGUCACCCUAAGGUUCAGAGCCCCAAACCUAUAACUGGAGGACUUGGAGCUUUCACAAAAGUGAUCAUCAAACAGGAGCCUGGUGAAGCCCCUCACGUGCCCACAACAGGAGCUGCCAGUCAGUCACCACUUCCUCAGUAUGUGACUGUGAAAGGGGGUCACAUGAUAGCUGUGUCCCCUCAGAAACAAGUCAUAACUACUGCAGAAGGGACUGCCCAGUCACCAAAGAUUCAGCCCUCCAAGGUUGUUGGGGUGCCCGUCGGGUCUGCCUUACCUUCAGCUGUGAAGCAGGCUGUGGCAAUCAGUGGUGGCCAGAUCCUUGUCGCCAAGGCCAGCUCUUCUGUGGCCAAAGCAGUUGGUCCAAAGCAAGUUAUGACCCAAGGAGUUGCCAAAGCGAUUGUGAGCGGAGGUGGAGGGACCAUCGUUGCACAGCCAGUGCAGGCCUUGAGCAAGGCGCAGGUCACUGCCUCUGGGCCUCAGAAGAGCGGAUCCCAGGGCUCAGUAAUGGCAACGUUGCAGCUACCAGCCACUAAUUUGGCCAACUUGGCAAAUUUGCCUCCAGGCACCAAACUGUACCUUACUACGAAUAGCAAGAACCCUUCAGGGAAAGGGAAACUGCUGCUGAUUCCACAGGGAGCCAUCCUGCGAGCGACCAACAAUGCCAAUCUGCAGUCCAGCUCAGCUGCAGGCAGUGCUGGUGGCGCAGGUGGGGGCGGCGGAGGCAGCAGCGGUGGUGGAGGAGGAACCCAGAGCACUGCCAGCCCCGGAGGGGUCUCCCAGCACCUGACUUACACAUCCUACAUCCUCAAGCAGACUCCCCAGGGCACAUUUUUAGUUGGCCAACCCUCACCCCAGACAUCUGGAAAACAGCUGGCUGCUGGGUCAGUGGUCCAAGGAACGCUGGGAGUUGGCUCCUCUUCUGCACAAGGACAGCAGACAUUGAAAGUUAUCUCUGGGCAGAAAACCACUUUGUUUACACAGGCAGCCGCUGGGGGACAAGCGUCACUCAUGAAAAUAUCUGAUAGCACCCUAAAGUCUGUGCCAGCCACCUCGCAACUCUCAAAGCCUGGAACCACCAUGCUGCGAGUAGCGGGAGGGGUCAUCACAACAGCUGCUUCCCCCACCGUGGCCCUCUCAGCAAAUGGGCCAGCACAGCAGUCAGAAGGAACUGUCCCCAGCUCUGCAUCUGCUGUCGGUUCUGUGAUGAAAACUGCGGGGCAGACGCAAGUGUGCGUGAGCCAGGCCGCCGUGGGAACCUGCAAGGGUGCGGCUCCCACCGUGGUCAGCGCAACAUCCCUGGUGUCCACCUCGAACCCUGUCUCUGGGAAGGCCACAGUAUCAGGAUUGUUGAAGAUUCACUCCAGUCAGUCCAGUCCGCAGCAGGCUGUCCUGACGAUUCCUAGCCAGCUCAAACCCCUCAGCGUGAACACCUCUGGAGGUGUGCAGACGAUACUGAUGCCUGUGAACAAAGUGGUUCAGUCCUUUUCUACCAGCAAGUCACCUACCAUCCUGCCUGUAGCUGCCCCAGCUCCAGCUGUGCCCAGCGCUGCUCCGACACCUGUUACAAAAGUGAAGACUGAACCGGAAACCCCCGUGCCAAGCUGCCUGUCUCAGGAGGCCCAGACAGCAGUGAAAACAGAAGAAAGUUCGGAGCUGGGAAGCUAUGUCAUCAAGAUAGACCACUUGGAGACUAUCCAGCAACUCCUAACGGCAGUGGUAAAGAAGAUUCCAUUAAUCACUGCAAAAAGUGAAGACGCCAGCUGUUUUUCUGCCAAGUCCGUGGAGCAGUACUACAGCUGGAACAUUGGGAAGAGGAGAGCCGCCGAGUGGCAAAGAGCGAUGACAAUGCGAAAAGUCCUACAGGAAAUACUGGAGAAGAACCCAAGAUUCCACCACCUCACCCCGCUUAAGACCAAGCACGUUGCGCACUGGUGCCGCUGCCACGGCUACACACCCCCGGACCCCGAGAGCCUGAGGGCGGAGGGCGACUCCAUCGAGGACGUGCUGACCCAGAUCGACAGCGAACCAGAGUGCCCGUCGUCCUUCUCCUCUGCCGACAACCUCUGCCGGAAACUGGAGGACCUGCAGCAGUUUCAGAAAAGAGAACCAGAGAAUGAGGAGGAGGUGGAUGUCCUCAGCCUCUCAGAGCCGCUAAAGAUAAACAUCAAAAAGGAGCAGGAAGAGAAGCAAGAAGAAAUGAAGUUCUACCUGCCUCCGACUCCCGGCUCUGAGUUCAUUGGUGACAUCACGCAGAAGAUCGGGAUCACGCUGCAGCCUGUGGCGCUGCACCGGAACGUGUACGCGUCGGUGGUGGAGGACAUGAUCCUGAAGGCCACAGAGCAGCUGGUGAGCGACGUCCUGAGGCAGGCGCUGGCUGUCGGGUACCAGACGGCGUCUCCCAGCAGGAUUCCCAAAGAAAUCACAGUGAGUAACAUUCACCAGGCCAUUUGCAACAUUCCGUUUCUGGAUUUCCUCACCAACAAGCACAUGGGGAUCCUGAACGAGGACCAGUGAGCACCGGCCGCGGCCCGGGGAAGCAGGACUCGAGCCCUGUCUGCAGUGCGCGGACUGCCGUGCCUGCUGUCCGGAGGGCGAGGCGGUUCCUGGGUGCCUCACGGUAGCGUGGCCUCUGCCUGGCUGUGGUACCAGAGUGUCCUUUCCAGAUGAGACUUUUCAGGCCCGAAGUCUUGUGUCCUGCUUGUGGAGGGAGUUUGGAGCAGCCAGGCCGUGGGGCAUGGGGUCCUGUGCCCCUCUGGGUGAGUUCAAGGGGCGCCUCAGGCCCCUGACUCCCCAGGGGACAGAACAGGUCUGUCAGGCUUGAGGUUGAACCCCUCAGCCGGCUCGGGCUGCCCUGAAGCAGGUGGGGCUUGGCACUCAGCGAGCGGCUCUCUGCUCCCGCCUGCCCGUGCGAGGGUCUGGUUGAGCCUGCGGGGAAGAGGAGCCGCCCUGCAGGACAGCGCGGAGGCCGGGAGACUGCGUGCUGCAGAAUUCUUCAUCUGUAGAGCACGGACACACAGUGCCGCCAGCGUGGAGCCAGAAUCAAGGGGUGGGUGGCCCCAGCAGAGGCCUGGAAAAGACUUGCCCAGCCGGGGAAUCCGACUGCAGUAGGAGCAGGCAGCGUCCUCAGAUCCCCACGCUGGCAGGCUCGUCAGCUUGGCCCACACGUGGCGUGACCUGGCCUGGAGGGCAAGAGCCCCGCCGGGGUGUCGGUCCUAUCAGUGGCCCCCGCAUCCUGUCCUCCUCUGUCAGUUUCCCCAGGAGGAAACACCUGUGAGUGCCUUAAAGUCACAGGACUGCUCAGGCCAGGGACAGCUGCUGUGCUCAGAGGCGCCCUGAGCAAAGAGCCACUGCCACCUCUGCGGGAGGGGAGGAGAGCGGUGGCUGCAGGGGUCCAGGCCGUGGGAAGACACUGUCCUGGCCUCCCGGCCUGGUCUGUCAGAGACCUGCUCUUCCCCUGCUCAGUGAGUGUAUGAAACCUGUGAGUAGAGCCAGAGAAACUUAGGCCACAUGAUUCACGUUUCUGUGGGCCCCAUAGAUGUCUGUUGAAAUGAAGCCGGGAGUGGCGGAGUAAGAGCCGCCUUUUAAAUUCGAUGUCUGAGAGUUGCACACGCAGAGAAAUCGUUCCGUGGGUGCAGUGCCCUGGCCCGAUGCUAACUGCCUGAGCAACUCAGGCCCAGGGCCCUCUGCUGCUGGGGGUGGCCAGGCGGGCAGGGACUGAGCGAGGCCCUGCAGGCGGUGGGGGCUGCAAGGUCCGGAGGAAACAGCUGGACUCCUGGAGCCAGAGCCUGAGGACCUUUUAUUUUUGAGAAAGAAAUACUAAAAGAUUUAACAGCCGCCUGUGGUAAUGUAUCAAGUGCAUCUGUAUCCUAAUGUGUAACAUUGUGUAACAAAAUGUCUACAAUAAAUCUUUCAGCAUUUCACGGGC